AUGAGCAAGGCAUCACCCACAGCAGCCAAUCAGCAUCACCCUGGCUCCCAGUUAAGAAAGUCUCCACUAGACCCGCGAAGAUUCAAAUGCUCAGCUCCCUCUAGGGCACAGGUGACGCCCCCAACUCUCCUGCUGCUGCUUUUACUGGCCCGGGCCCUGGCAGAGCCCUGGGCAGGCUCCCACUCCCUGAGGCUUUUCUCCACCGCGAUGUCCCGGCCCGGCCCCGGGGAGCCCCGCUUCAUCGCCGUGGGGUACGUGGACGACACGCAGUUCGUGCGGUUCGACAGCGACUCCCCGGGCCAGAGGAUGGAGCCGCGGGCGCCCUGGAUGGAGCAGGAGGGGCCGGAGUACUGGGAGGGGGAGAUGCCGAGCGCGAAGGCCACCGCACAGACGUUCCGAGAGAACCUGCGCGCCCUGCGCCGCUACUACAACCAGAGCGCGGCGGGUGACGGCUCUCACACCCUCCAGAACAUGUACGGCUGCGACGUGGGGCCCGACGGGCGCCUCCUCAGCGCGUACCGUCAGUUCGCCUACGACGGCGCCAAUUACCUGGCCCUGAACGGGGACCUGCGCUCCUGGACCGCGGCGGACACGGCCGCUCAGAUCACCCGGCGCGAGUGGGAGGCGGCCGGAGUGACUGAGCACCAUAGGAACUACCUGGAGGGCAGGUGUGUGCAGUGGCUGCGCAGGUACCUGGAGCGCGGGAAGGAGAAGCUGCAGCGCUCAGGUAAGAGGGCCGCGAGAUCCCCAAAAACAAACAUGACCCUCCACCUCACCUCUGACCAUGAGGUCACCCUGAGGUGCUGGGCCCUGGACUUCUACCCUGCGGACAUUACUCUGACCUGGCAGCGAGAUGGGGAGAACCUGACCCAGGGCACAGAGCUGGUGGAGACCAGGCCUGGGGGGGACGGAACCUUCCAGAAGUGGGCAGCUGUGGAGGUACCUUCUGGAGAGGAGCAGAGAUACACAUGCCACGUGCAACAUGAAGGGCUGCUGGAGCCCCAAGUUCUGAGAUUGGUGCCCCCUCCUCAUUCCUCCAUUCCCACUGCGGGCAUCAUUGCUGGCCUGGUUCUCCUUGGAGCUGUGCUCACUGGAGCUGCGGUGGCUGCAGCUGUGAUGUGGAGGAGGAAGUGCUCAGGUGGACAAGGACAAGCUACACUCUGGCUCCAGAAGCCUCAAUCUGGCUGCUGUGAAGAAUCAAGAGGUAAUAGUGAGAGGUGGGAAGAUACAUGUAGGAAACUAUCACAGAUUCUAGAAUGGAAAACUUGGUAGCUUUAUGGGGUGUGAUCAAGAAAAUAGUAGGAAGUCAUUGGAGCUGGAUAUAUUUAGAAA